AUGACAUCCGAUCUUCAACUGCUCUCCAACAUCACUCCUUCCACUUCCACUGAUAAUGUUACUAUAAGUAAUGGUACUGGACUUAGGAUUGCUAAUGUUGGUAGUUCCUCUCUUGAUCAACUACUGCCACUACAGGAUCAGGUACCAACAGAGUCUUCCACUCAGUCAUUCACAUUAUCUUUUUCUCCUGCGCAUGCCUCGGAUCAGUCCCCUUCCCUAGAUCUGAUUGUGGACCUUCCUGCUCCACAUGUUAACUCACAUCCUAUGCAGACUCGCUUCAAGUCUGGAAUUAUCAAGUCUUGCCAUGGUUUCUUGGCUGCCAAGUCCACAAGUGGUCCUUCUCCUUUCCAUGAACCACAAACUUAUUCUCAGGCUGCCAAUGUUUCAGAAUGGAAUCAUGCUAUGGUUGAUGAGUUUCUGGCUCUUGAAAAGCAGCAUACUUGGACUCUUGUUCCUUAUCAACCCUCCAUGAACAUUGUUGAUUGUAAAUGGGUGUUCAAACUUAAGAAAAAUGCUGAUGGUUCUAUUUCUCGGCACAAGGCUCGGUCGGUUGCCAAUGGGUUUCAUCAAGAGGCUGGUCUUGAUUAUGAUGAAACAUUCAAUCCUGUUGUCAAGCACUCUAUAGUUCAAUUGAUCCUUGCUUUAGCUGCUCAAUAUCAUUGGUCCAUUAAACAACUUGACGUGAAGAAUGCUUUUCUUCAUGGUGUACUUCAUGAGGAGUAUACUUCCACAGGCAUUCAUGUUAAUCAAUCCAAAUGUGCCACUGAUCUUCUUCUUAAAGCUGGUAUGAAUCAAUGCAAGCCUUGUUCUACACCCUGUUUACCUACAACAAAGUUACUCAAGUUUGAUGGCACACCGCUCUCGGAUCCUACGCUCAAUAGAAGUCUAGUGGGCGGGCUUCAAUAUCUUACCUUCAGCAAGCCUGAUAUUGCUUUUGUCGUGAACACUUUUUGCCAGUUUAUGCAUACUCCUAUAGAUACUCAUUUUGCUGCUGUCAAACUUAUGCUGCGCUAUUUGGUUGGUAAUUUGACUCAUGGCAUUCAUUUCACCUCUGGUGAUGUUCAUCUGCAAGCCUAUUCCGAUGCAGACUGGGCAGGUGAUGUCAAUGAUCGUCGGUCCACGAUAGGGUAUGUUGUCUUUCUCAGCAAUAAUCCUAUCUCUUGGUGUGCUAAGAAGCAGAAUACCGUAUCUUGUUCCUCGACUGAAGCAGAAUACAGGGCUCUUGCUAUCACUGCCGUUGAGUUAUCCUGGCUCCGCCAACUUCUACAAGAUCUUCAUAUCUUUCUUGAUCAUCCCCCCUGUUCUUUGGUGUGA